UGGGUGUUCGCAAAUGUCGUUCUCUGGUAGGUGUUCGCAAAUGUCGUCCUUUGCUAGGUGUUCACAAAUGUCGUUCUAUGCUGGGUGUUCGUAAAUGUCGUUCUUUCGUAGGUGUGUGUACGCAUAUGUCGUUCCUUUGUGGGUGUUCGCAAAUGUCGUUUUUUGGUAGGUGUUCGCAAAUGUCGUUUUUUGGUAGGUGUUCGCAAACGUCGUUUUUUGGUGGGUGGACGCAAAUGUCGUUCUAGAUCCCUAUUGUUCAUCUUCCCUUAAUAUGUAUUACUGUAUUAAUUUUCCAAAAAAGGCUAAUUUAGUAAAAAAAAUUUUUCCUUUUUUCCAAAAUUUCUCCCUUUAGAAUCCUUGUUAAAUGCUAUUUUUCACCUAAUUUAUUCUUCCAAUCUUUCCCAUCCAAAAAAAAAUUUUUUGGUAUUGUCUGAACAAUUAUAUUUUUACUUUAUGAAAAGGCCUUUUAUCCUUAAAUUAAAUUUAAAAAAAUCCUUCUUUUUAAAAAUCCAUGUUUAUUCAAAAAAAACACACACACAAUUUUCCCACCUACACACAUAAUUUAUCUCUUUUUUCACUCUAAUUGGCUUUAAGCUUGAAUAAUUUUUUUUAAAAAUUCUUCUCGUAUUUCGCACUUUGCUAGAAUAUUUC